UUGCAUUGAAGCACAGUUUAAACACCACGGAUGUCUGCAGCAUGAUGUUCCUAAAAUGACAAGCACAUCCACUGUCCUGGAGUGCAACAUGGAACCCCGGCAGUCACUACCAAACAGACAGACAGUGUCUGGAAAAGGCUCAGCAAGGCGCAAGAAGUCUUCUGUAGACAGCAAGCAUCCAGCCAGAAAGAGACCGUUCUCAACCUGUGAGGUCUUAGACAGGAAAAUGUUAAAGAUGCUCCGUGAGAAAGAUAAGCAGCGGAAGAUCCAGGAGUGGCGUGCUUCCAGUGAAGGCUGGCUGAGGGCAUGGGGCACCCUGCAGGACUGGAUGCAUCAGCUGUUUAGGAUCAUUGCGGAUUUCACGGAACACCGGCGGUUCGACCAGUUCAUCCUGUUGGUGGUGGCUGUCAACACAGGGAUCCUGGUGGCCCAGACAUUUGAAAGUGUGACAGUUAGAGGAGGGUGGUGGUUCUCAGCUCUUGAUGCUAUAUUUUUAGCCAUCUAUUUAAUGGAAUGUGUGCUGAAACUGCUUUCAUCCGGCCGAUUCUACUUCCAAAACCCCUGGAAUGACCUUGAUUUUUUCAUCAUCAUCGUAAGCCUCAUUGACUUCAUGCUGCCUCUCAUUGAGUCUUUAGGUAGCUUCAGUGGAGGCCAAGCUGCCAUGGUCUUCCGCCUUCUCAGGAGCUUCAAAGGGAUCCGGGUCGUACGGGUGUUCAGAGUGUUGCGUACCUUCAGUUUUCUCCAAAAUAUCCGGUCCAUCAUGACCACCUGCCUCCAGUCUCUCCAGUCCAUGGGGGCCAUCAUCAUCCUGAUGUUCACAUUCCUCAUCAUGUUCGCCAUCAUUUUCCGAGAGUUGUUUAACGUGUCUGACCCAGAGCGCUUCGGCACCAUGUUCCGGACCGUGUUCACCCUCUUCCAGGUGCUCACGCUUGAUGACUGGUCCCUCAUCUACACCACCAGCAGAGACCAAGGUGCACCCCAUAUAAUCAUCUUCCUGGUCCUGUACAUUGUGGUGGAAUACUUCACUUUCCUCAAUCUAUUCGUUGCUGUCCUUGUUGACAACUUCCAACUGACAAUUAAAAAACGGAUGGCGUCAAAGAUCCAAAAGUUCCAGGAUGCAUACAAGGAUGAGAUUCAGUCAAUGAACAAGUUAGAGCUUCAGCAUGGUGAAGCACAGACAGAGGAAAAGUUCUAUGAAGCAUCCCUCAAAAUGACCUAUAGUGAAAAUAAGUACGGAAACAGGGAGAUCGAGUUAUUCACCAACUACCUCAAAGUGAUGGCAGCCAUAGAUCAGAAACAGCAGACAUUCCGCUCCCAGGGCUGUGUUUUGGAGCGCCUCAUUGACACGUUCUUUGAGACAACAGAGGAAAACAUUCUGGUGAAUGAAUAGGGAAAUAACAUGGAUCAGACAAACACGUUCCUCACCACCCAGCUGGACUGUAUCUUCUGAUAACUUGCAUUAAAGCCAUUA